CUGAAAGAAGAAGGGAUUGUAAAAGAGCUGAAUAAUAGCAAAUUAUCUCAAAGGAUUUGGUUCUGAGUUAACGCAUCAUUCUUCCUUCAACAAAUCACACCCUUUAAGGACUAUUUUGCUGUAACUGGAUUCAUCCAAAGGUACUUGUCCACAGAAUUGAAACCAACAAGUAGGUUGGGUUUUUAAUGAAGGAACCCUACGGCUGUUAACCACUACCCAAACGGCAGCUGAGGAUCUUUGAAGCCACGCCAUGCCAUCGUCAUUGAAAUUCAUAGUGCUUCUGUCCCUCACUACCUACCUGUCAGAAUGCUCUGCAGCUAUUCCAGGAAUCCAUGCCACAUACGCUGCUCUUUUAAGACUCAGAUCUGCUAGUUCAUCUUACUCCUCCUCUGCCAUUAACUCAAAGAACAGGCAACGACCAAGUUACCCUGCCAUGGGAAGCAUCUCCUCUCCAGAUUGGCACGGGUCAUCGCAGCCCUAUCACCCACCAACAAACCCCGAGCCAUUCUCAGAGGCCUUCAAACAGGAGGAGGGUGUCGAUUAUGGGCCGAUGUUCAUUCAAGAACCUGAUCAUGUGAUCUUCCCCAUGGAUUCAGAGGAGAAGAAAGUGUCUCUCGGUUGCCAAGCCAGAGGAAAUCCCACCCCAACCUACAGGUGGCUCCAGAAUGGAACCGAGUUAGACAUAGAAAGUGAUUACCGCUACAGUGUAAUAGAAGGAAGCCUUAUUAUCAACAAUCCCAGUGAAUUAAAAGAUGCUGGGCAGUACCAGUGUUUUACCAGCAAUGUCUAUGGUAGCAUUUUGAGCAGGGAAGCAUCACUUCAAUUUGCAUAUCUGGGGAAUUUCAGUGGACGAACAAGAAGUGCUGUGUCAGUGAGAGAAGGUCAAGGUGUGGUACUAAUAUGCUCUCCUCCACUUCACUCACCAGAGAUCAUCUACAGCUGGGUAUUUAACGCAUUCCCCUCCUUUGUGGCAGAAGACAGCAGGCGUUUCAUCUCCCAGGAAACGGGCAACCUCUAUAUAUCCAAGGUGCAGCCAUCAGACGUUGGGAGUUAUAUCUGCCUCGUGAAGAACACAGUGACAAAUGCCAGGGUCCUUAGCCCUCCAACUCCAUUAACCCUUCGAACUGAUGGAGUGAUGGGGGAAUAUGAACCAAAAAUUGAGAUCCAUUUUCCAUUCACAGUUACAGCUGCUAAGGGAUCUACUGUUAGGAUGGAAUGCUUUGCACUGGGCAACCCAGUUCCAACAAUCUCGUGGAGGAAAGUUAAUGGACCCAAUCCGAGUAAAGCCCGCCUGCGGAAGUCCCAAGCAGUGCUCGAAAUCCCGAACGUGCAGCUAGAAGAUGCAGGGACAUAUGAAUGCAAAGCUGAGAAUUCCCGGGGAAGGAAUGUCUUCCGAGGACAGUUGCAAGUAUACACAUAUCCACACUGGACAGAGAGGCUGAACGAUACCCAGUUAGACAGCGGGGAUCAACUUCGGUGGGAGUGUAGAGCUUCUGGAAAGCCGAGGCCAACUUAUCGCUGGCUCAAAAAUGGGAAUACUCUGCGGCCAGAGAGCAGGAUUGAGAUGGUUAAUGGUGUACUGAUGAUCCACAGUGUUAAUCAGUCAGACGCUGGAAUGUAUCAGUGCGUGGCAGAAAACAAACAUGGAGCCAUCUAUGCCAGUGCUGAACUGAAGAUUUUAGCUUCUGCUCCAACUUUUCCCCUGAGUCAACUGAAGAAGACCAUUAUUAUUACCAAAGGCCAAGCAGUCACUGUGGACUGCAAACCACAAGCUUCUCCCAAACCAACCAUUGGAUGGAAGAAAGGAGAAAAAAACGUGCGAGAAAAUAAAAGGGUAAGUGUUCUUCCAGAUGGAAGCCUGCAAAUUCUGAAUGCCUCCAAAUCUGAUGAGGGGAAAUACGUAUGCCGAGGAGAAAAUAUAUUUGGUUCAGCAGAAAUUACAGCUUCAGUAUUUGUGAAAGAGCCUACCAGGAUAGACCUGUCCCCCAAGAGAACUGAGCUUACGGUGGGAGAAAGCAUUGUCCUCAGCUGCAAAGCUUUUCAUGACCCAACCUUAGAUGUCAUCUUUCACUGGAGUCUGAAUGGGCAGCCUAUCGAUUUUGAAAAAGAAGAUGGACAUUUUGAAAGCAUCAGGGCGCAAGCAUCUUCUGCGGAUUUAAUGAUCAGGAACAUCCUUCUGAUGCAUGCUGGAAGAUAUGGCUGCAGGGUGCAAUCUACAGCAGACAGUGUAUCAGAUGAGGCAGAACUUCUUGUUAGGGGUCCACCUGGCCCUCCUGGGGUUGUCAUUGUUGAAGAAAUCACAGAGGUCACUGCAACUCUUUCAUGGACUCCUGGAGCAGACAACCACAGUCCUAUCACUUCUUACAACUUGCAAGCGCGAAGUCCGUUUUCACUUGGCUGGCAGACUGUAAAAACAGUUCCUGAACACAUAGGGGGAGACCUGGAAUCUGCAAUGGCAAUUGAACUGAACCCAUGGGUAGAGUAUGAAUUUAGAGUUGUAGCGACUAACAAAAUUGGAACAGGAGAUCCAAGCACACCAUCUAAAGUGAUCCGGACCAAAGAAGCAGUGCCAAAGAUGGCUCCUGCUAAUGUCAGUGGCAGAAGUGGAAGACGGCAUGAAUUAGUAAUAGCCUGGGAGCCAGUCUCUGAAGAAUUUCAGAAUGGGGAAAGCUUUGGAUACAUCGUGGCUUUCCGACCGAAUGGGACAAGAGGCUGGAAAGAAAAAAUGGUGACAUCUUCAGAUGCCUCCAAGUUCAUCUACAGAGAUGAAAGUGUGCCUCCCUUGACUCCAUUUGAGGUGAAAGUUGGAGCAUAUAACAACAAAGGCGAUGGACCAUUCAGCCCAAUUGUUGUGAUCAGUUCGGCUGAGGGAGAACCGAGUGCUGCUCCUACUGAUGUCAAGGCCACAGGACUGUCUGUAUCAGAGAUUCUUGUUGCAUGGAAUCACAACAAAGACAGCCUGGGAAGACCUCAGGGAUUUGAGGUUGGCUACUGGAAAGAUAUGGAACAAGAAGAAGCGGCAGAGAAGGCCAGGUCAGAAGGGAAUGAGUCCUCUGUCAUUCUCACAGGGCUAGAAGGCUACACCCUGUACCACCUGAGAGUGAAGGCAUACAACUCCGCAGGCUAUGGACCACCAAGCAACAUUGUCCAUGUGGCCACUAAGAAAUCUCCACCUAGUCAAGCACCAAACAUUAUGUGGGUUCAAGAUGGUGCCCAUGUUUCCCUUGGAUGGGACCCUGUAAAGCCUUUAGCUAAUGAGUCAGACGUCAUGGGAUAUAAGGUCUUGCUUAGGCAAGAAGGACACAGCAACAGCCAAGUAAUUGAAACACAGAAAACAUCUGCAGUGGUGCUUCUCCCUGACGUAGGUGUCUACAUCAUAGAAGUCUGCGCAGUGAGUGAAGGAGGAGAUGGCACCCCAAGCAGCCAAAUCAGGAUACCAUCUUUUUCAGGUGGAAAAGUCACCAAUUCUCAAUCCAGGCUAAAUGCUUUUACCACUUCUUCAUCAACUGUAACAUUUCUAUUGGUAUUGAUGGUCCCUUCGACGUCAUGGUAAAGGAAGAAGAUAGAAAUCUUUUCUCAUUUCUCUGGUUGCGUUAACAUGAUAACACCAACGGAUGGAGUUCUACGACCAUGGAGAAAGCAGAAGGCUAAUUAUCAAAGGAAUCUCAAAGGUGCUUUUUCAAAAGGCAACCGGACUGGGUUUGUGGUUUUUUUUUUCCUGAGGAAGAAGAAAAAGACGUUUCGCUUCUCAUCCAAGAAGCUUCAUUGGUUCUUGGAUGAGAAGCAAAAUAUCUUCUUUUUCUUCCUCAGGGGGAAAAAAAAAAAUAGCCCAUUUGCCUUUUGAAAAAGCACCUUUGAGACAACGAUGACCUGGUUGACUGAAAAUCUCCACAGACCUAUCAAAGGAAUGUUUCAGAAAUGCAUCUUCUGCAUUAGGAAGAAUAUUGAAGGAAAUAACACAAAAAUAACCCACCAGGUGUCUUCUCUUUGGUUUCCAUAAAUGUCGUCUUUGGGGGGAGGGGAUGUUUUUGCCCGAUAGAAAAUAUGCAGAUUCUUUGAUAUAAACUUUUGUAAACGAAUGGGAAUUACGUCCAAUUUUAUUUACCUUUUUAAUUGUUUGUAUAUUAGCUAGCCUCAAAUCUUAUACCCUUAAUAAAUUAAAUGACUGGAACAGUGCAUCCAUUUUGUUUGCACUGAUAAGGAUUUUAACAAUUUUAAGAAGAAGAAAAAUAAAUAUUUGGAUUCUAGUGAAUUAUCCCUCCCCUUCUCAGAAGGCUGAGUUUUGUUUUACUUUUUUUUACUUAUCGAGAGAAAAAUGCCAUGAUGAGACCCGGUUUCAAAAAUGACCAUAGCUAAUGUUGCCUUUAAGGGGAUAAAAAUCAUAUAAUUACGAUCUUUGGUAUGGUAUGGUAAUUUUUCUUCUGUUUUCUUCUCCGUUUGUAUUCUCCGUGCACAUCAUAAACCACUUUUCCAGAUCCAUGCAAACCUGAAGCAUAUUGAACUGAGACUAAAACCGAGGCCUCUCAUUUUGUACUAGAUAUUGUCCACUAACAAUAAGGGAGGAAAAAAAAUGGCUUAUUUUUAAUAGCAUAACUGUACAUGAUAGGGAGCGCAGGUGAUCCUGAAAUCAUUGUUGGACACUGAAUCCGAGUCUUCAGCAAUUGCUAACUGCAAGUACGAAAUUAAUGAAGAGAGACAAAGCUGUCUUCCCCCAAACAGCUUUCUGUCUUUAGACCUUUAUUUUUGUAGUUCCUUUUUGUAUGGUACUGUACUGUCUAUAUUUGGUGAUUUAGCAAAAUGGUAUCAAUAAGCAUUUCAAGAUUGGAACAAUGUGGUGUUGCCUAGAUUGUCCUUAAUAAUGAAUGAAGGACAUUUUUUUUAAUGUCCAAAAAUGAAAAGGAAUAUCGUUGGGCAAACGCUUUUAAGGUUCAUAGGCUUAAGACUCAAAGCCUUUAACCUUUCCAUAUCCAAGGCCUAGCUCCAAAACAGUCUGUAGUAGUGUAGUGUUGCAUCAACUUUUAGUUCUUAUCAUCAUCAUCAUCUCCUCCUCCUCCUCUUUCUCGUCUCCUCCUUCUCCUCCUCUCCCUCCUUUCUCUUCUCCUUGUCCUCCUCCUUCUCUUCCUCCUCCUUCUCUUCCUCUCCUCCUCCUCCUCCACCACCUCCUCCCGCUUCCUCCUUUUUCUCUUCUCCUCCUCCUCUUCCUCCUCCUCCUUCUUUUUCUCUCCUCCUCCUCUUCCUCUUCCUCCUCUUCUC